AUGCUGCAACAACCUACUCUCAAUACCAUUGCACAAUCCAAUUUCAAUAACAAUCCGACAACAAAUAUUUCUACAUCAACAACACCAAAACCUCCUCUAAACAAUUCAACGAGCACAGGAAACUUAUUGAAGAACUUUCCACCAUUAUCAGUACCAACUCGUUCACUUCAAACACUUUCAAACCGAUCAUCAAGUUUACCCGAGCUUAUUUCUCAUCCUCUCCCAACCAACACAAUGAGCCAGACAUCAAACAGCUCUCAUCCUCUCACGGGAUCAUCUCUUCUCUUCGAUAAUAUUCCCAUAAAUGAUUUGGUUUCAUCCACUCCCAUGUUUCAGGGUAGCAAUGUUGUAAACAGCAAACAUCAAUCUCAUCCAUCAAGUUCAAACAGUACUCCAGUGAUUCCUGGUAGUGCUUCUACCACCUCGAAUUCGAGCUACUCUACCACAAACACUCCAUCCCUUUCUUCUCCUCUCUCUAUUGUAACAACAUCAAACAGUAAUGGAGUGAAGGUAACUUCAACCCCAACUCCGACAGUCAAUGGAACACAACUAUCUUCAUUAUUAUCAGGCUCUGCGAGUGUGAAUACAAACAACAUCAAUAGUCAUGUCUCACAAAACUCAACAAAUAGCACAGGAGGCACACAAGAAAAACCAACACUAACAAGAGCUUCUUCUUCGCUUUCUAUCUCUCGAGAUUCAGUAGGAGCUGGCUUUUCAGUCGGUGCAGCCGCAGCACUUUCUCCAAGUGUCAGAAGAGUUUAUCCAACAACAGCCGACCAGUACAAGUUGUUGGAUCCAAUUGGUUAUGGAAUUAGUGGCCCAGUGUAUGAAGCAGUUUGCAUUCCAUUCAAUGAACAUGUGGCCAUUAAAAAACUUGACCUUGAAAAAUUAGAGGAUAAUAUUCUGCAUACGAUAACAAAGGAAAUUCAUACUAUGGUCACAAGUUUUCAUGAGCAUAUUGUAAAUUAUUUGACAUCCUUCACACAAGAAACAGAAUUAUAUCUUGUCAUGGAAUUGAUGGAAGGAGGAUCCAUAUAUGACAUUAUGCGGUUUAAAUAUCAAGACGGCCUUCCAUCGGAAGAAUUAAUUUCUGUGAUAUUAUACCAAGUUUUGGAAGGACUUGCAUACUUUCAUGAGAAUGGUCAAAUUCACAGAGAUAUCAAAGCUUCAAAUAUUCUAAUCAAUGAGGAUGGAAUUGUAAGAAUAGGAGACUUUGGAGUUAGUGCAAAUAUUAUUGAAAUGUCCGGCGACAGAAGAAGCAAACGUCAGACAUUUGUUGGUUCUCCAUGCUGGAUGGCUCCUGAAGUCAUGGAACAAUUUCAUGGAUAUGACUACAAGGCUGAUAUUUGGUCAUUAGGUAUUACUUCGUUAGAAUUGGCAUAUGGAAAGGCUCCAUUUGAAGGACUACCUCCUGUUAAAGUGAUGUACAUGGUUAUGGAACAGGAUCCUCCACAGCUUGUUGACACUGAGACAAGAAAAUUUUCUAAAAUUUUUAAGGAUUUCGUUUCGCUGUGUUUGCAAAAGGAUCCAUCAAAACGUCCAUCUGCAGCACAGUUACUCAAACACAAACUGGUCGCUAAAGCUGCUAAGCAAAAGGAUUUGAUUAAGAAAAUAAUUUUAGCUGGACUCCCACCUCUGGCGGAAAGAGCUAAGCUGUUAAUGGGUUUCAAAAGAUCCAACAGUCAGACUAAAAUUACAUUUACAAUGAGCCAACCAGAAGAACCUUCUCCAUUUAUGUCCAUGACAGAUUCUACGAUUCCAUCAUCACUCAUGUCAACCACAGUUAGUGCACAAAACUUCGAUACAGAUUCUGCUCCUGGUACUCAAAAUAUAGAUGAACAACAGUUAAACACCUCUGACGAAUUUUUAUCAACAGAGAGCACAACAAAGAAAGCAGUGAGCCGCUGGAAUUUUGCUGAAGAACUUAAAAAGGAAGAGGAAAUUUCUACUGAACAAAGCAACCAAGGUGGUUCGAAUCAAACAAAGAAGGUUGAGAAGAAGGGACGCUUCGAGGUUUCAGAAACUGAUGAAGACUCAGUUGAAAAGAUGACAUCUGAAUCCCCUGUUAACUACGAAGAUGAAAAAUCUGCCUCUAAAAAGGGACAAACAAAGAAAAGAAACUUUGAAGUUAAGGAAGUCGAUGAAAUUCCAGAGGAAGCGGUUGUUACUACAACUCCAUCAAUACCUAAAAGGAAGAACUCUGUUUCUGGAUUGAAUGUUAAGGAUAUAUCUCUCGCUUCUCUUUCUAACCAAUUGCAGAUGUUGCAAAAUCAGCAACAGUUAAUAGUUAAUAUGCUAAACGAACAAUCUAAAGUUAAAACUUCACAGACUGAAAGUAUACCUGUCCUUGACUUGGUUACGAAACUUGAACAAAGGAUACAAGAGCUGCUGGAAGAAAAUCAGAGACUGAAAAAAGAAAACGAAAUUUUGAAGAGCAAGAGCACAAAGAGUCAAGCAGCCGAAAAAUAA